GUAGUUUUGCGAAAAGAAAACUGUAUUGAAUGUCGGCCAAAAUCCAUCUCGUUCCAUCUUCUCCCACUGCGCGCCAGUGUGUUUCCCCUCAGCGGAAACGCCAAGCGGAUGCUUCACGUUUAUAUACAUCCAGUAAAAUAUCUGUCUCAUUGUUCUAUCUGACAGCUCCAUCUCUUUAAAUAUAGCAUCUGUCAGGAUGAGACGGGGGAAGUUAAGGCCUCGUGGCUAAUGGUACCACCUUACAUAAUGUCAAACCAAUAGGCAGCAGCCUCGCUGAACUCUCCUCCUCUUCCUGAUAUCUGUGCAGAGGGAGGCUGCUGAGGACGAAGGCUGCUGCUGGGGCAGUGGGUCUAGGGGGCAUGCUCUGAUCACAUCAGGUAGGAUAUAUGUGUGCAUGUGCUGUCUGUCGUGUGGCGACCAAGAUGAAUGUAUGAUGCAAGCAUGUCUAUCCAUUGCAGACAAACAAAUGGGAUUAUUGUAUUGUUAAUCUUGUGUAUUCUGGUUUGUCUCUACGCUGACAAUGUUUGUCGUUAGUAUCAAGGAUAUUGGUGCAUGUAACAUGGAAAUACUGCAGGAGGCGGACUGAUUCUCAACAACAGACACACUAUGACUUCUCCUCAUUAGACUGUAUGAGGAAUGAUAACGUGUAUGUGAGUGGGAUACAAAACUAACCCCAUGUCACAAUGAUAGACAAUGGUUCGUAUCAUCAUGCUUGAAAACAAAGACUUUAACCUUCAAGUGGAGGAGGAUAACCCCCCCAGUGAGCCGACUAACUGCUGCCAGAGAUGAGUCCCACUGCUGAUAGGACCAGGGAGAAAAGCUCGGUACACUCUGUGUGGCUGCUAGGCCCGUCUGGACCUCCACAGUGCCGAGCCAGGACAGCCAUGGCCAAGAGAGACUACCUGGUGGAGGCAGCCAAGCAGAUCCGCAUGGCUCUGGACAGGGAGGUCAGUGAAGACUAUGAAGCUGCCUUCAGCUACUACAAGAAUGGGGUUGACCUGCUGCUCAAUGGAGUUCAAGUGGACCCUAACAAGGAGCGCCGGGAGGCUGUGAAGAGGAAGACUACUCAGUAUCUGAAGAGGGCCGAGGAAAUCUUUAUCUCCCACCUGCAGGACAACCUGGGAAAGGGGAACUCUCACUUAGGGGGUUACAGUAGUCUGAGAUUCCGGCCAAUCAGACACCUGAGCUGCCCAGUGGAGGAUCUGGAGAUGUGUAAAGUGGUGGGGAUCAUCGAUAAGGUCCUGAUUGUCCAAAGCCUGAUUACAAAGGAGAAAUGUGUUGUUAAAAGCCUGCCCAAGUCGAGCUGGGAGAGCCGGGACCAGCCCACUAUCAUCCCCCAGGGCGUCCCCUAUAUGGUGAAGCUGCUGAGGUACUAUGUCAGUGAGGAUGCUGUGUACCUGCAUCUGGAGCAUGUUCAAGGUGGGAAGCUUUUCUCCAAACUGUCCAAGGUGAGGAACGACCAAGCCAAGGAGCACCCAGAAUGCUAUAUUCCCAGCCAGCACAGGAUCAAACUGAAGAACAGCUACACCUCCCCUACUAUCAGCUCAGACUACCAGCAGAAUGACAGAGGGGACACAGGGACAACCUCUCUCCUGGAGAGGGAGAACGAGGAGAGCCCAGACACAGACUCCCCUCCAUCUUGGCAUGAGGCUCAGCAUCGUCUGGAAGGCUGUAGGACCCACUCCUACUGCGAGGAGACAGGCUGCCUGCAGAACAACUCAAGGUCUACAGCGCUACAGCCCUCUUUAUCUGGGCCAAUGAGGACAGACAUCAGUCCCCAUAUCCAUCCAGCAGGCCACAAUCAGUGUUUGCACUCUGAAACUCAGGACAAGCCUGCUCCUCCUAGUCAUCUGUGCAUCGAUCAGGUUCCUGAUGUCACCUCUGAGCCUUCUGGGAAGGCCACUGGAACAGAAAAAAUUGAAUCCAGUUUGGAUUUUGACGUGGUGUGGAAGGCUGCUGAUCUGACACAGAAUUGUGAGAGUGAAUCCGAUAUAGCUGCCGCUAAACCUGUACCUCAAACAACUCAGACCUCUUCUGGUGGGACAGGGUCAACAGUGAACUUGAAGAAUCAUUCUAUUAGUUUGUAUUCACAGAAAAGUUAUGUUCCCCUCCAUAAUCAAAGUCAGGCUAGUGAGAUGGCAACUUUGACCUCCUAUGGCUCUCACCAAGGCAGUGUUUCAGGUGGAGACCUUGAGAACACUGUGGGUGUAGAGCUAUCCACACACCAGGAGAGAGGGCAGGAAGAACAGGUAAACCGUCACACUACUGAAAAGAGCAUUGUGAACUUAGUAAGCAGGGACACAGAGACUUCCCAGCCUGGCAGAGCUGUGUGUCCCUCUACAGUAGACGAGCUGAAGGUCAUGAGGACAUCCUCAGGGAUCUCUCACCCCCCUUCCCUGCCUCACUGUCUCAGUGCUGGGACACAGCAGGGGAACCAGGCAGGCAUCUCCCUGGCCCUCACAGGGGCAAAGUAUCAUGUGGGGCCUCCUUGCAGAGAGCCAGGGGAGGAGGUGAAGGAGGGCUGGGAGCUGAGCCCUUUGAGUAAGGACAUCCCCCAAGGGAAAGGAUCACUGUGUGACCCUAACACCACUGGCCCCACAGGGGCCUCCCCACAGUGUCGGAAGGAGGACAUGAAUGCUUUCCUGAAGUCAAAUGGAUCAGAUGGACAGGGUCAGGAUCAGAUCAUUGAGGUGGAGGGCUGGUGCCACCAGCCCAAGUUCCCUGCCAAGGCCUCCAGAGGGAGAGACGGGGUCAGGCAGGGCUGUUGGGGGCUGCCUGAGGCAGAGGUGCGUCUGUUGGGAGCUCAGAUCCUCCUGGCCCUGGAGAGUCUUCACCAGCAAGGUGUCAUGUGCCGUGACCUCAACCCAAAGAACAUCCUGCUUACCAGCAUCGGAAAGGUCUGCCUGACAUUCUUUGGCCAGUGGAGUGAAGUUCAGUCAGAAACCAACUCUGAAGCUAUGGACCAGAUGUACUGUGCCCCAGAGAUUGGAGGUGUGUCCAAAAUAACAGAGGCUUGUGAUUGGUGGAGUCUGGGGGCAUUGCUAUUUGAACUUCUUACAGGAAUGCCUCUGUGGCAGUUCCACCCAGCCGGGGUACAUUCUCACACCCAGCUUCUGAUCCCAGACCAGCUGAGUACUGCAGCUGCCUCCCUGCUCACUGAGCUUCUGCAGUUUGACGCUGGUUAUCGUUUGGGCUCUGGAGGCGGUGGAGUGAGUGACAUCAAGUGUCACCCCUUCUUCAAUGGUGUCUCCUGGAAGGCACUGAGCAGUUAGCAGGUCAACAGACUCUGUAGCCUGAACAGUUAUCUGCAGCCAAGUGAAGUUGGGCAGCCACUGCCCCCUUGUGGCUAAAAUAGAAACCCCAACUCUGGAGCUACUUCCUGAGCAUCUUGUUCUUCCCAAAGAAUGAUAGAUUAGAAGGGUAAUUCAGAGCAAUAUGCACACAGCCAACAUGUCAGCCCUGCAACAACCAAACUCUGCCUGCAGUGUUGUCUUUGUGACCUCCAUGUUUGAAUAAUAGAGGCUAGUGUAAACAUAGUAGGGCAAAAUGUACUCCUGGGUGACUUUUGGGGUAUUUGUUGUACAAAUGACAUGCAAUGCUACUGUUAACAUCCAUGCGUAGCAUCACCAAGUAUGGAAACGGAUGUUUUUCAUUGUCAAACACUUACUACACAAAUACUUUGUCAGCCAAUGGCUGUGAUAAACAGCGUUGACAAUAAGGUUAGUAAAAUGAAGUAAUGCAUCUGUGCUGUGUUAGUCUUUAAUACACUCAUGGUCAGCCUUUUUUCUGGUCAUCUGUACAUAGCCUAUAUCAGGGUUUCUCAAGCUCAGUCCUGGGGCCCUACCUGGGUGCACGUUUUGGUUUCUGGCCUAGCACUACACAACUGAUUCAAAUAAUCAAAGCUUGAUCAGUUGGUUAUUUGAAUCAACUGUAGUGCUAGGGCAGAAACCAAACAUGUGCACCCAGGUAGGGCCCCAGGACCAAGUUUGUUUAACCCUGGCCUAUGACUAUUUCUACCACAGCUCAGACAGUCACUUCCUGACUUGUAAGUGAUGUGGUGUGUUCUCAGUCUCUUUAAUGUUUCCAUUUCUUAAAGCUUCCAAGGCCUGGCAAUAUCUAUUUUACACUACACACCAGCCACUUGGUUUCUGAAUUGUUCUUAUCGCCAGUCAUUGAGAGCAUUCUGUAAAAAAGGCAAGUAAGUGUGUGUAAACAGAAAACAAAAAGCAUAGUUUUUAAACCUUGAAAUCUU